GGCGCGGAGCCGGUGCCGGCCCGGUGCCGCCGCGCUGGAGGCCGCGGGCUCGGGGGCGGCGGGGCCGGGGCCGAUGGGCUCGGGGGCGGCGGGCUCGGGGGCGGCCGGCGGGCCGGGCCAUGGAGCGCCGCUCUGCCCCUGCCCGUCGCCGCCGCCGCCGCCCGCGCCGCGCUGCCCGCGGGGAACCCGCCGCCUCUCCGAAACCGGGGCCGGGGCGCGGCGGAGCGAGGGCGCGGCGGGGCGCGGGGGGCUGCGGGCCGCCGCCUCGCUGCCGCACAUCGCGCGGGGCCGCGGCGAGGAGGGCGGCGGGCGGCGCAGCCCCUGCCUGCUCGUGGCGCUGCGGCCGCGGAACGUGGAGGCGGAGCGGGAGCGGUUCUUCCGCGCCAGCUUCGCCUACGACCCGCAGUUCGAGUACGCGGAGCCGGUGCCCGCCGCCGUCCUGGACAAGUACGGGGCCGCCUCCGAUCGCUUCGUGGCUCAGGCCAUCAGGAUCAUUCGUGCUGUCCUGGAGAAGUACGGAACCUACGAGAGCUUCGAGGUGGCCACGGGCGGGCGGCUGCUGAGCAAGGGCCAGAUCUGGUCUGUGAUCCGAAAGUACAUGCAGAAGGAAGGCUGUGUGGGAGAGGUGGUGGUGCAGCUGACCGAUGACCUCCUGUCCCAGGCGGUGAUGAUGGUGGAGGACAGCCGGCCCACGCUGGCCAUCAACCUGGCGGGAGCGCGGCAGCACUGGCUGGAGGGGAUGCUGCGCCACGAGAUAGGCACCCACUACAUCCGGGGGGUCAACAACACCCGCCAGCCCUGGCACAGCUCCGAGGGCCGCAAGCAGUACAGCCUGAAGCCCGCCAACCCCACGGAGGAGGGCUUGGCCAGCCUGCACAGCGUCCUGUUCCGCAAGCAGCCCUUCCUGUGGCGGGCAGCCCUGCUCUACUACACCAUCGAGCGGGCCAGCCGCCUCUCCUUCUCUGCCCUCUUCCAGGACCUGGAGCAGUAUGUGCAGGAUGCUGGUGUCCGGUGGGAGUACUGUGUGCGGGCAAAGCGGGGCCAGACGGACACCUCACAGCCAGGCUGUUUCAGUAAGGACCAGGUGUACCUGGACGGGAUUCUCCGCAUCCUGCGCCAUCGGCAGACCAUCGACUUCCCACUGCUGGCUGCGCUUGGAAAGGUGUCCUAUGAAGAUGUGAAUCGGCUGAAGGAAUUCGGGGUCCUGGAGAAGGCCCGCAUCCCCCAUUUCAUGCAGGAUCUGGAGCGGUACAUGAAGCAGCUGGAUCACAUUGUCACCACCAACGGCCUGGACGAGGAAGAGCUGGAGCAGCUGCUGCCUGACUGAGGGGCACCCCUGAACCAGCACCCCAGGGUGUACCUGGUGCUGUUUUUUGGGUAUUUAUUGGGGCUGGAGCAGAGGGCAGAGCCCGAGGCGGGCGCUGUGCAUGUAGCGCUGUGUAGGGUAGCGCGGCCAAGGGCCCGUGUGGUUGUGUUGAUGUGUCCCCUACAUUGUCCCUGUGUAUUUUGGGGAUGCCUGUGCUGCUCCACGUGGCUUUGGGGAGCCAGACAAGAGGGUUCAGGGAGAGUGAGGGCAGAGUUGGGGCGAUGUGCUGGUCCCCCGAGUGCAGAAGGCUGUGCUGGGGGAGUUGCAAUGGGGGGAUUGCUGUAGGGUACCAGGAGUGCUCCCAGCACUGUGGGGGCACCUGUUUGGGGCCAGAGACAGGGCUGGGGGCUCUGGGCUGUGCCUGGCAGGGAAUAAGGGCUGGGCUGCACCCACAGAUUGCCCCAUGAAUGCCUUUUCCACUCCCUACCCCUUCCCUCAUGUCCCCCACCAGCAGCAGGAAGGACUUUAAUCCCCCAUUACCAAUCUCUGCCCAGCUCUGCACCCCAACAACAGCCACCCUGCCUGGCUUUGAGGACUCAGGGUGGGGAUUGGGCUUGAUGUUAGGAAAAAAAGCGUGUAAUAAAGGUGAUGUAAUGGAAAA